ACAGUAAGCAUGUUUCUCAACACCCUGACACCCAAGUUCUACGUGGCUCUUACGGGCACCUCCUCCCUCAUAUCAGGACUCAUUUUGAUCUUUGAGUGGUGGUACUUCAGGAAGUACGGCACCUCCUUCAUCGAGCAGGUGUCUGUGAGCCACCUGCGCCCCCUGCUGGGCGGCGUGGACAGCAGCUCCCCCAGCAGCUCCAGCACCAGCAAUGGUGAAGCUGACUCAAGUCGGCAAAGUGUGUCGGAAUGUAAAGUUUGGAGAAACCCGUUGAAUUUAUUUCGAGGGGCCGAGUACAAUCGGUACACGUGGGUGACCGGCCGAGAGCCACUGACGUACUACGACAUGAACUUGUCGGCCCAGGACCACCAAACCUUCUUCACCUGCGACUCUGACCACCUGCGGCCCGCCGACGCCAUCAUGCAGAAGGCAUGGAGGGAGAGAAACCCGCAAGCACGCAUCUCGGCCGCACACGAAGCUCUGGAACUGGAAGACUGCGCGACGGCGUACAUCCUCCUGGCAGAGGAGGAGGCCACCACCAUCAUGGAGGCUGAGCGCUUGUUCAAACAGGCGCUGAAAGCCGGUGAGGGAUGCUACCGCCGCAGCCAGCAGCUACAGCACCACGGCACGCAGUACGAAGCCCAGCACAGAAGAGACACCAACGUGUUAGUGUACAUCAAGAGGAGACUGGCCAUGUGCUCCAGAAAGCUUGGCCGGACGAGAGAGGCGGUGAAGAUGAUGAGAGAUUUGUGUGUUUUCCAGUUAAUGAAGGAGUUCCCUCUCCUCAGUAUGUUCAACAUCCACGAAAACCUGCUGGAGUCACUGCUGGAGUUGCAAAAUUACGCCGACGUGCAGGCCGUACUUGCCAAGUACGACGAUAUCAGCUUACCCAAAUCUGCAACAAUAUGCUACACAGCAGCUUUGCUCAAAGCCAGAGCCGUGUCAGACAAGUUCUCUCCAGAAGCUGCGUCUAGACGAGGUUUGAGCACCGCAGAGAUGAAUGCAGUAGAAGCAAUUCACAGAGCUGUGGAGUUCAACCCUCACGUUCCCAAAUACCUUCUGGAGAUGAAGAGUCUGAUCCUUCCUCCAGAGCACAUCCUCAAGCGAGGAGACAGCGAGGCCAUCGCGUACGCCUUCUUCCACCUGCAGCACUGGAAACGCAUCGAGGGAGCGCUCAAUCUGCUGCACUGCACCUGGGAGGGCACGUUCAGAAUGAUCCCGUAUCCUUUGGAAAAAGGUCAUCUCUUCUAUCCUUAUCCCAUCUGCACAGAGACGGCAGACAGAGAGCUGCUACCCACAGUGUUCCACGAGGUGUCGGUGUACCCCAAGAAGGAGCUCCCCUUCUUCAUCCUCUUCACGGCCGGCCUCUGCUCCUUCACCGCCAUGCUGGCUUUGCUCACGCAUCAGUUCCCGGAACUCAUGGGCGUCUUUGCCAAAGCGUUCCUGAGCACGCUGUUUGCACCACUUAACUUCAUCAUGGAGAAGGUGGAGAGCAUCCUGCCGUCCAGCCUCUGGCACCAGCUCACACGCAUCUGACAAACUUGACUCUUUUUUUGGUUUUGUUUUGUUUUGUUUUGUUUUUUGGAUUAUUUAAAAAAAAUCUUUGUUGUACAAAAACAAGUUGCCAUCAUUAAAAGAAUGGGGGGAAAAAACACAACACAGUGUUCCCUCACUA